AUGACCCCGGCAAUUCGGCGUUAUCCCCGUGGCGUCUGGGGCCAGUCAUUCCUCCACCUCGUAUCUAGCUUGAUCUUGGCCACCCAACUUCGAUCGAUCGACUGCAUCAACAAUCCACCCACAUCACACGACAGCACCAUGUCAGAACUCCGGUACACGGCCAACAACUCGCUCGAGCAGCUCCACUCGCGCUACACGGGCACCGGACACGCCGAUAUCACAAAGUACGAGUGGAUGACGCACCAGCACCGCGACACGCUGGCGUCGAUCGUGGGCCACGCGCCGCUGCUGUCGUACAUUGCCAUUGCGGACGGCGAGUCGCGCGGACGGGAAAAGUUUGAGGUUAUCGAGCGCAUGCUCCAGCCUUGUGGAUUGCCGCCGGGCAAGACUGACGAGUAGACGACUAGAAGCAUUGUUGUACACUAUCGCAUGCCAUGGAUGGCACAGCUACACGG